AUGCUUUAAUCAACAGGUGAAACAUCAUAAACACAACCAUCAAUUAAUUAUGCGACUGUGAAAUACUCAUUCAAAUGUGUUCGUCGUCAUUUAUUUAAAGAUAAAGUCUACUAUGUUCAUGCUCUACCCAAUAUGAUUACAAUAGGUGAAGUAUAUAAAAUAAACAAUUAUCUUAGCAUAUUAAUGAUCCCAAUCCUAAAUACAAAUUAGAACUUAAUUUGAAAAAUAUAAUUUAUUGGAAACAAGAACAUGGUUAGAAUCGUGCCUUUGGUAUUAAAUAUAAGUAAGUUUUGAAAAAUAAUAAUAAAUUAGAAAGAAUGUGAAGUACUUUGAAGCAACUCCAGAAUAAUUAUAAAAGUUUAGACAAGAAAUUAGUUGUUUAAUUGGGUUCCAUUCCCUUGAUGAUCAUUAUAAAAUAGAUGAACUUAUAGGGAAAGGAUCAUUCUCUUCUGUUUAUAAAAUAUAUAGAUAACAUGAUAAAAAAGUAUUUGCCAUGAAAUAUGUAACAAGUAAAUAAAAGAAUGAUAAAGAAAAUAUGGUAAAAAUACUUAUAUAUAAAUAGUAAUUAGUAGAAAAUGAAAUUGGAAUUCUUCACUCUUUCAAUCAUGAUUCUAUACUAAAAAUUUAUGAAGUAUAUAGAGUAGAAGAAUAUCAUUAUGGAAUCAUUGUUGAAUAUUUAGAUGGAAUAGCAUUGUCUACAUUAAUUGAAUAACUUAAAAAAAAUUAAUGCAUCAUAAAAGAAUCAGAUAUAAAAACUAUUCUUUAAUCUUUAUUAAUAGCAUUAGCUAUUAUACAUUAAGAAUAAGUUAUUCAUAGAGAUAUUAAACCAUAAAAUAUAAUGAUUUCCUAAUAACAUAAUUAUCGUGUCAAAAUUAUUGAUUUUGGACUUAGCAUUAAGAAUUAAUUAUAAUAUAAUAGAUGUGGAACUCCAGGUUAUAUGGCUCCAGAAAUUGUUAACAUGAGAAAAGAUCAAUAGAAAGCUUGGACAUCUCUUUGUGAUAUUUUUAGUCUUGGAGUUGUAUUCUUUAAAUUGUACUGAUAUUAUUCAUUUUAAUAGAUUAUCCAAAGGAAUCAGUUGCUUUCAAGGUUAAACAUCAGAUUAAGUAUUAGCAAAUAAUAAAAAAUGUCAAAUCGAUUGGUCUAUAGUUUUAUAACAUAAUUAUUCUAAAAAUUGCAUUGUAAACAAAUCAAUUUUAUAAUUAGUAACUAUUAAAAGCUAUGUUAGCAAAAGAUCCUGAAGAAAGAAUUACUGCAUAUUAAGCAUUAUAACAUCCAUUUUUUGGAGAUGCCUUUUCAACCAUAUCUACUGACUAUGUAGGACAUUCAAUCAGUCUAAAAUCUAAAUAAAUUUUAAAUCCAACACUUGAAAAACAUAAUUUAGAUUCCUAAGAAAGUGUUGAAGAAAACUCUGUUUAAAAGUAAUAAGUAUACAACAGAGAUAUAAGACCAUCUAUUAUAAGUAGAAGGUAAUGA